GUUAAACGUUCGCAAACGCAAUAUCUAACGCAAAGUAGCAUAAAAUUAAAAAACCAAAAACUAUUUCAUCAGUUUGGGUUCUACUCUGAACAACUGAAGACCAUGAUUAAGGUUAUUUUUUCCAUCGGCAUUGCCUUUUUGGCAAUAACAUUUAACGCUCGCGCUGCUCCAGUCGAGUCGACAAAUUUGCAAACGCGGAUGUCAGUUCCAAAAGUUGUCGAACAAACUAAAGAAAUGUCACCACAGGCUAUUCCAAGUAUUCCAACUGGCUAUCAAAUUAGCAGUAAUGGAGUGGAUAAAGCAGCCUUUGAUACGGCAAUGAAAACUGGAUUAGUGAUACCAGACGCAGCAGCCUUAAUGGGAAUGCAAUCUGUAUCUGGCCCGGAUAAAUCUAUCUUAGGGUCGAUGAAUCUACCGCCUGGUUUACCUGAUAAUUAUAAAAAUAUCUUGGCAAAUAUGCAACCAGCCGGAACAGUACAAGAUGGAACACCACCCAAGACAAAUAUUCCAAUCCCCAGUGACUCAAGCAAGACAGCAGAUGGCGCAAAUGCUGUUCAACCAACAGCACAAAAAAAGAUAGAUUCGGAUAAAGAAAAGGUGCCAGAGCGGGCGGCAGUCAUAACCAAAGACAUUAAAUCAGACACGAAACCGCUGCAACUCGCCUCACCAUCAGGAGCUCCUAUUGAUCCGAUCGCAAGCAAUGACGCCUCAAAGGCUAAGUUGGCUGCACAAGAAAAAAAUGCAGAUAAAACAGUUUUAUCCGCUAAGGACAAACCUGAAGACGCAAAUGCAAAGAAAGCAACUGCUGGAGGUGAAACCAGUGUGAAAUUAAAAACAGAGGAGAAGGUCAACACCGAGCCAAAGGAAGUUUCUGCUACGAAACCUGACCCUGGCUCUACUGACAAGAUUGCUGUUUUAAAAACUGCAGAUGCUCCGCCUCCUCCUGCAGGCAAGACAGAUACAGAUACAGCGGCAAAGAAACCUUCUGAUGGAAAAUCAAACGGUGAAAUGAAACCUUUGCAUAUUGACACUUAUAAGCAGCCUGGAGCAAAGGACCAGCCGAAACCUUCUUCCAGUGGUACAGGAAACCAAGCAAAUCCAGAAGUUGGUAAUCCACAGGGAGCUACGAACGGAGGGAAUUCUGAUGCUAAAUUGUUGCCAGCUGACGGAAGUAAGCCUUCUAGAAUGAAGGAUCAAUCAAAAAAGUCUUCAAGUGGCGGUACAGGAAACCAAGCAAAUCCAGAAGUUGGUAAUCCACAAGGAGAUACGAACGGAGGGAAUUCUGAUGCUAAACCAUUGCAAGCUGACGGAAGUAAGCCUUCUAGAAUGAAGGAUCAAUCAAAAAAGUCUUCUAGUGGCGGUACAGGAAACCAAGCAAACCCAGAAGUUGGUAAUCCACAGGGAGAUACAAAUGGAGCGAAUUCUGAUGCUAAGCCACUGUCUGCUGACGGUAGUAAGCCUGCUAGAACAAAAGAUCAGUCAAAAAAGUCUUCUGGUGGUAAAGGAAAUCAAGCAAAUCCAGAAGUUCUUGGUAAUCCACAGGUCGAUACAAAUGGAGGGAAUUCUGAUGCUAAACCAUUGCCAACUGACGGUAGUAAGCCUGCUAGGGCAAAGGAUCAGCCAAACAAAUCCUCUAGUGGUGCAGAAAAUCAAGCAAAACAAGCAGUUCUCUCCUCUCUAGGCAAGCCACAGAUUGAUAAGAAUGGAGCAAAGUCGUCUGACGCUAAAACCUGGCCUACUGGCGCUAAUAAACCUGCUGGAAGCAAGGAUCAGUCAAAAACAGCUUCUAGUGGUACGGGAAAUCAAGCGAAAACGCAGUCAGCAAUUUCUUCUAGCACCGAUCCCAAGCAGCAGGUGGCUAACAAACAGAAAGAUUCUCCUUCAAAAUCGUCUAACUCCAGCAGAGCUAAGCAAGUUCCUGGAAACCGAAAAGUGCCUAAAAACAACAAUGCAGGUACGUCUGCCAAAGCAGGUACGUCUGCCAAUGCAGGUACGUCUGCAUAGUGGCUAAAGAAUUAGGAGAAUAUGAAAAAAUCACUAGAAAUUUUUCAAAAUAUUGAUAACUCAAAAAUUUUAUAAUUAUAAUAAAGAAUGAUAUUUGACAAAGAUUGGA